AUGCCCUUCACCUACGAACCGAAGAACAUGCUCUUCCGGAGGCUGGGCCCUAGCGGCCUUCGCGUGCCCGUCUUCUCCCUGGGAGCCUGGUUGACUUACGGCGAAACAGUCAAUGGAGACCCCGUGAAGGAAAUUAUCAAGACGGCACUGGAGAACGGCGUCAAUAUGUUCGACACCGCAGAGGGUUAUGCUGCCGGCAAGGCUGAGCUCGAAAUGGGACGCGUCUUCAAAGAACUUGACGUACUUCGGUCUGACAUCGUGGUUACGACCAAGAUCUUCUGGGGUGGAAAAGGGCCCAACGACACGGGUUUGUCCAGGAAGCACAUCAUUGAGGGGACAAAGAAAUGCCUCGAACGUCUGCAAAUGGACUAUGUAGACGUCCUCUUUGCGCACCGCCCAGACCACACCGUGCCGAUGGAAGAGGUCGUCCUCGCCUUCAACUACGUGAUCGACCAAGGCUGGGCCUUCUACUGGGGGACCUCCGAGUGGUCCGCGCAAGAAGUCGAGGAAGCGUACCACGUGGCUGCGAAGCUGGGGCUCGUCGCUCCCAUCGCCGAACAGUGCCAGCACAACAUGUUCCACCGCGAAAGACCCGAGAAGGAAUACGCGCCGCUCUACGAGAAGCACUCUAUCGGAACGACGGCAUAUUCACCCCUGGCCCGUGGCGUUCUCACUGGCAAGUACAACGGUGGGGUCGUGCCUGAAGACUCCCGCUUCGCGGUUCACUCCGGAUUCUUCAACGCACGGCUUGAACGGUUCAAGACAGAGGAAGGCAAGAAAGAAUUCGAGACCGUAAAGCAGCUGAGCGACUUCGCCGGCAAAGAACUCGGGUGCUCCAUCACGCACCUCGCGCUCGCGUGGCUCGCCGCGAGUCCGAACACGCACACGGUCAUCCUCGGUGCGUCCAAGCCCGAGCAGGUGCUCGACAACCUCAAGGCGCUCGACGUGAUCCCCAAGAUGACCCCGGAGGUCAUGGACAAGAUCGAGAAGAUCCUAGACAACAAGCCUACUCCAUGGUCGUCAUACGGCCGACCGAAACUUGAUACUGCUGGAAAGUCGCUUAUGUUUGCUUGA